AUGUGUGAAUUUAUCAACGCGCAGUUCGGUCAUCUUUUAACCACACUGGACCUUUGUUGGCUUGCACGAGCAGAUAUGGACGAAUUCGCGGCUGCCGUGUACAGAAAAGGAUGUCCUCUGGAUGACGUCUGGGGCUUCAUAGACGGUACAUUCCGCCCAACUUGUCGUCCUGGUGAGGAUCACAGAACAGUAUACAGUGGCCACUAUCGUCUUCAUGGCAUCAAAUUUCAGAGCAUCAUGGCCCCUAACGGCAUUGUGAUAAAUCUUGAUGGCCCUUGGGUUGGACGUAGACACGAUUCAGGCAUAUUAGCGGACAGUGGCCUAUUACGUGCGCUGGAAACAAAAAUGGAGCAAAUGGGGAAAAUUUUUUGCCUCUAUGGAGACCCUGCUUAUCCGAUUUCAGCGUAUCUCGAGGGUCCGUUUAAGCCAGCAACAACCCAGAUCGAGUUCGAUUUUAACGAAGCCAUGUCAGCAUAUCGCAUCGCAGUUGAAUGGGGAUUUGGAGAAGUAGUCCAACAGUUUGCUUUCCUCGAUUUCCGGAAAAAUCUUAAAAUAUUUGUGCAGCCAGUUAGACUGCUUUACACAGUUGGAACUUUACUUCUGAAUUGUCGUGUUUGUUUGGGGUAUGGGGGAAAAGUCGCUGAUUAUUUUUGUCUAGCGCCUCCGACACUGGAAGUUUACCUAAAUAAUAUUAGAGAUUAG